AUGAAGCAGGGCCCAAUCCCGCAGCACGUGGCAUUUAUCAUGGACGGAAACCGCCGGUUUGCGCGCAAAAACCAUGUAGUCACCAGCGGCGGGCACAGGGCCGGAUUCCACAAGCUCACUGACGUCCUUGAAUGGUGCAAUGAUCUAGGUAUCAAGCACGUCAGCGUAUUUGCCUUUGCCAUCAACAACUUUAAGCGGUCGACAGAUGAGGUCACGGCCCUGAUGGCGCUUGCCCGCGACAAGCUGCGCGUGUUGGCAGAGAAGAGCGAUUUGGUCAAGAAGCACGGGUUGCGGAUCCGUGUUGCUGGGUCCAAGGACAUGCUCCCAGAGGACGUGCGCGAGUCGAUUACGUUUGCCGAGGAGUCAACCAAGGACAAUACGGGCAUGACCCUAAACGUGUGCUUUCCAUACUCGGCCACCGAUGAAAUUUCAACGGCUAUCCGCACGCUCGUCGAGGAUGUUGAUAGUGGCAAGCUGAUGGUGGCCGAUGUCAGCGAAAAGUCUCUCGAGGAGCGGCUCCACAUUCCUGGCCCUGAGCUCGAUAUCCUGGUGCGCACAUCCGGCGAGAUCCGUUUCAGCAACUACAUGCUGUGGCAGUCGUCGAAGAUGGCUUAUCUGAAAUUCGUCAAUGCUUACUGGCCAGAAUUUUCUCUUUGGCACAUGCUCAGCAUCUUGGUAUCGUGGCAGCUCAGCCAUGACCUCAUUAAACAGCGCAAGGCACAGCGGCGAGAUGUAUCAGUGGGUUCGGGUGCAUCUGCCGUGGUGUCAGACAGCGAUACGUGA